AACAAAAACCAUCAUGAGGCACUGAGGGCUGGGGCUGCCCUGCCAGGGGUCCCAGGUACAUCUUUGUGCCCCUCUGCCAGCAGUGCUGGGCUCAGGCAUUCUGUAUUUCCCCUCAGCUACUCAGUCUCGAUUCAUUUUUUGGUCUUUGCUUUCCAUUAGAAUUCCAAACAUAGCAUAGCAGCCCAACCACCCUGUCCUAUUUACUUACUCAUCCUGAUAAUUUAUAAUAUAAAAUAAGCUUAUUUAUAAUAAUAUUAAUUAAUAAUAGGAUAUACGUAUAGUAUGUUGUCUUUAUAUUAUUAGAUAUUGUAUAUACUAUACUAUAUAUAGGAUAUAAUAUUUAUUAAUAAUAGGAUGUACUUAUCUGUAACUGCUAUUUACAUAUAGUAGAAAAUGACUGUUUUCUAUCUUGUCUCUGAGUGCUGGUGUAUGUGUACAGCAAGUGCUAUACAAAGUCACCUUUCAGUCAUUAAUUAAUAAUUUUAACUAAUUUAUAUGUAGUUGGACAAUUUGCUUAUGCCUAAUGAGCAAUUAAAUAACUUUUGAUAUUGUAGUUGCUUUUUAAACUAUGAGCUUAAAUAAUCAGCUCAAAGUGAUUAAUUUAGGGUAAGAUAUCAAUACAGGCCUUUUCACUUUUCAUUAGUACAUCCUCUAGAAGGAAGGAUUAAUGGGAAGGUCUAUAAAUUGCCCAAAAGCUGUCUGGAGCCCUUUGUUCUCUUUGCCCAGCUGGGUUAUUUGGGGUUGCAGUGAAAGGACUGGGGCUGGCACUCAGGAGACCUGGACUCUGCUCUGUUUGUUCUGCUUACUAAAGAGUCUGAGGCUGUUACCCCAUCCCCAUUCCUGGUAUCUUUUUUAUGCACAGACCGACCUCUGGAUCCCUCCUGGAGGAGCCCAGGCCCUAGUGCAGAACACAAAGGAGGACAAGCAGCAGGAGCAGGAGCCCUGACAACUUCCAAGAAGCACAGAGUUUGGAAAAGAAGCAGAGCCCUCUCUUCCCUGGUGUAUUUUCCUGCCUGACAAGCUCUUGUUUACAAGCUGAAGACCAAAGAAAGCCCCGAAGAAUCAAAAAUUGUGAAAAAUUGAGAGUCUGCUGGUGUUACCUGCCCUGUUUGCUGCCUGAGCAGCUACAGCAGAGAGGGCAGCACCAGUCAGAGAGGAUCCAGGCAGCCCCUGAGCCUUUCCUGCAGGACUGUGAGGGAGAGGGAGAAUGGGAAAAGCUCCCUAAGCAUCAAGAGCUUUCCAGCCACAUGUGCGUAAAAAUCCCUUCCCGUGCCACGUGACCGAGGAAGAGGCACAGAUCCAUUACACAAUAAUAAAAAUAUGCCUUUGGCAACGUGGAGCCAAAGUGGAGCUGCUGCAGGGAGCUCAAACUACGCACAAGAAGGAGUAAAACAAGAAUAAAAAGGACCAAAGUCAAUCCUGCACAGCCCUCCCAGGACCUGCUGUGGCAGGACGGGGCUGUGGAUCUGCAGCAAGACAUCUGCCUGAAGCCCUGGGGGCUGCCAGCGCCUGUCAGGAUCUCACUGAGGAGAUCAGGCUGGCUGUGCCAUGAUCUCUGCUGUGCUGCUCCUCUGGACCAUGCCCUGCGUGGCAAACCACAUCCUGGGCGGCUUUGCCAAGCGGGAGCUGCAGGAGGGUGCCCAGCUGGCCUGCAGCCUGCCAGGGCCCCCCGGGCCCCCCGGGCCCCCGGGCGUGCCCGGCACUCCCGGCACCGUGGGCAGGAUGGGCUUCCCGGGCAAGGAUGGCAAGGACGGCCAGGACGGGGACAAGGGCGAGCACGGCGAUGAAGGUCCCCAGGGCAAAACAGGAAACCCUGGCAAGCCAGGCCCGAAGGGGAAAGCAGGAGCCAUUGGCAAGGCAGGGCCCCGGGGGCCCAAGGGUUUAAAGGGCAAUCCCGGGAAAAACGGGGCCCCGGGGAAGAAAGGGCCCAAAGGGAGCAAGGGCGAGGCCGGGCUGCCGGGGCCCUGCAGCUGCGGGGCCAGCAGGGCCAGGUCUGCCUUCUCGGUGGCCGUGUCCACCAGCUACCCCAGGGAGAGGCUGCCCAUCAAGUUCGACAGGAUCCUGAUGAAUGAGGGAGGACAUUACAAUGCUUCCAGCGGGAAGUUCAUCUGCAGCAUCCCAGGGAUUUACUACUUCACCUACGACAUCACUUUGGCCAACAAGCACCUGGCCAUCGGCCUGGUCCACAACGGCCAGUACCGGAUCAAGACUUUCGAUGCCAACACCGGGAACCACGACGUGGCCUCUGGAUCCACCAUCCUGGCACUGAAGCAGGAGGAUGAGGUGUGGCUGCAAAUCUUUUACUCAGAGCAAAAUGGACUCUUUUAUGAUCCCUACUGGACAGACAGCUUAUUUACUGGAUUCUUGAUUUAUCCUGACCAAGAUUAUCUCAAUGAAGUGUAGGAGGAGAAACUAUGGGGAAAAAAAUAGGAAAUGGGCCUCAAUCCAAUGAAGUGGGGCCUUACAUGGGACAUGCCUGGGAUUAUCAGAUGAUUCCACAGUUGCCUAUGGGUCUAUCAGCUGAUUGCACCCCGUAUGGCUAUUUAGACUUUUCCACAGGGUACCAGGCUUUCAGCAGCCUCAUGAAUGUCUCCAUCCCAAAGCCAGCCAUUCUGUAUUCCCUGAUUAUUCCAACAUGCAAUGGACAUGUAACUCAAAUACUGGUGCAGAAUGCUUUGGUUAUUGCAUUGUUAUAAUAAAGCAUGGAAACCAACA